AUGACGACCUCCCUGCAAGAAAAGCUGAACGCCCUCCAGAACUUCUCGGCAUGUGACAUCUCAGACGCUCUACUCAAACUCCAAAAGGCCCCCGAGGGCACCGCCCCGCGAGCAGGCCAUCUCGCAGACUUUGUCCCCUUCUCCCCCACCAUCGGCCGAAACGCCACUGCACCCAAAAUCAUCGCGCCCGCAUGGACCGCCAAAUUCAUCGCAAAGAAUGACCCCGUCCCGGAGACUGCCGACACCCACAGCUUCCCGGCCGGCACGCACUGGGUCGACUGGGCUGAGCCCGGGACCGUCGCCGUGAUCGAGCAGCCCGCCGGCCAGUACUGCGCCGUCCUGGGCGGCAUCAUGGCGGUGCGCAUGAAGACGCUCGGCGUCCAAGGCGCAGUUGUCAAUGGCCGCGUGCGAGAUCUCGCUGAGAUCAAUGCUUGUCAACUUCCGGUUUGUCGAGGUUCCCUAUUGUCAGACGUCCAAAAGGUGUUUGUUUGGCUAAUGAGGAACUGA